UCUGGUUGUUCCCAGACCCGCUUGUAAAUCGCUUUGCAUAAAAGCGUCUGGUAAACGACUUUGACAUGCCCGUCGGUCAGCAGGAUUGUGUACUGCGGUGGAUAGGGUGAUGGACUCCCAUUGCCAAGCAGUCCCACCUCUAGGAAUUCUUGAGAUGCCUCGUCCAGUAUCUGCUCCUUAAUGACCUGUCUUGGAGUUCUCUGUACAUUCCCUUGAAUCAAAGCAUCUGGCAUGGUAAACAGUAGUAUUAUUAACAUGUGUUUUGAAUGCAAACCAAGUUCUGAUGUAAUGUAAUGCAACAAGUGUUUUUUUUUCCCUCUCUGUGUCCAGUGCCAGAUAUUGCUCCUUCCCUCAAUCCAUUCUUACAUGUGUCGCAUUUCCCUCUCUGUAACCAGUGCCAGAUAGUGCUCCGGUCCUGAAUCCAUGCUAACAUGUCUGUCGUGUCUCCCUCUCUGUAACCAGUGCCAGAUAGUGCUCCGGUCCUGAAUCCAUGCUAACAUGUCUGUCGUGUCUCCCUCUCUGUCUGCAGUGCCAGAUAGUGCGCCGAGUAACGUCAGUGUGCUGCUGAACGGCACAGAGGUGCUCGUUAAAUGGGAUGAGCCCAUUGGAAAACUGAAUGGAGAUCUGCAGGGAUACAUGGUGGAGUACAGGACACCGAAUAUGGAGCAGGCUGUUGUGGACACGGGAUUGGAUGCAGAGCUGUCACUCAACCUGUCCAAGCCCCUAUCCAACGUGACCUUCCGCGUGUGCGCCUACACAGGGGCGGGUCAGGGCCCGUGGACCCCUCUAAGCACUCUGACCCUGGUUGACCCCGAAAUGGAGGAGCAGCAAUUCCGAGGCCUGUCCUCCCCGAAGUCCUUUUCCUGGCACUGGUGGUACGUCGUCAUGGCGAUUGCCGGCGCGGUGGCCAUGGCCGUGCUCAUGGCCGUCUACGUGGCCAAGCUGCGUCGCAAGGAGACGCGCUUCGGAGACGCGUUUGAGCCUAUGAUGGAGAGCGGGGAGAUGGUGGUGAGGUACCGUGCACGGCGCACGUACAGCCGCAGGACCACCGAAGCAACAUUGAACAGCCUUGGCAUAAGCGACGACCUGAAGCAGAAGCUACAAGACGUCAUGGUGGACCGUCACAAACUCACCCUGGGAAAGACCCUGGGGGAAGGAGAGUUUGGUUCGGUGAUGGAGGGUCUGUUAACCCAGGAGGAGUCGGUCCUCAAGGUCGCUGUGAAGACCAUGAAGAUCGCCAUCUGCACACGCUCUGAGAUGGAGGACUUCCUGCGAGAGGCCGCCUGCAUGAAGGAGUUUGACCACCCCAACGUCAUGAGACUGCUAGGUGUGUGUCUGCAGACGGUGGAGAGUGAGGGCUACCCCUCCCCGGUGGUCAUCCUGCCCUACAUGAAGCACGGGGACCUCCACAGCUACCUGCUCUACUCACGGCUGGGAGACACCCCCGUGUACCUUCCCUCCCAGAUGCUGGUAAAGUUCAUGACCGACAUCGCGCGGGGAAUGGAGUACCUCAGCAACAAGAACUUCAUCCACCGCGACCUCGCUGCUCGUAACUGCAUGCUGAAUGAGAACAUGAACGUGUGUGUGGCCGACUUCGGUCUGUCCAAGAAGAUCUACAACGGAGAUUACUAUCGCCAGGGCCGCAUCUCAAAAAUGCCCGUCAAGUGGAUCGCCAUCGAGAGCCUGGCCGACCGCGUCUACACCACCAAGAGCGACGUGUGGUCGUUCGGUGUCACCAUGUGGGAGAUCGCCACGCGCGGCCAGACGCCGUACCCGGGCGUGGAGAACAGUGAGAUCUACGACUACCUGAGGCAGGGGAACCGCCUCAAGCAGCCCCCCGACUGCCUGGACAGCAUCUACUCCCUGAUGUUCUCCUGCUGGCUGCUGAGCCCCAAGGACCGGCCCAGCUUUGAGGAAAUGCGCUGGGAGAUGGAGAAGGCCCUGGACGACCUGCCGGACCCCCAGGACCCCGACGAGAUCCUCUACGUCAACAUGGACGAGUCCUCGUUGGAGCUGGGGGCGGUCGGGGGCCGCGACCCCGCGGGGGGCGGCGUCGGCGGGGGUCCUCUGGGCCUGAAGGGCCUGGACUCGGUGACCACGGUGGAGGUGCACCACAACAACCGCUACGUGCUCUGUCCGCAGCACGAGCCCGUCCGCGGCCUCGCAGACUCCCUGGAGAGCCUGGACCUGGGCGUGUCCUCGUCCAGCGCCACCCUCCCCUACAACACGUCCUGCCGGCCCACGCCCAGCCCGCCCACCCAGGCCUCCACCCCCACCCGGGAGUUGAUGGAGGACAGGGAGGCGCUGAGCCCCAGGAAGGUGCCGUGGGAGUGACAGCGGCCCCUCGUAGUCCCCGGGCUGGUGUUCAGAGACUAGAGAGGGAGGGAGAGAGCGGGGGAGAGAGAGAGAGAGAGACUGAGAGAGAGAGACUGAACACGAGCUGAUGCUUACCAGCUCCUCAGCCAAUCAGAGAGCAAAAGAAAUAUCAUGCUACUUGCCUGGCUGGUGACCUCACUCCGCUUAGGGUUCUCCCUACAUUUUGCACAAAAAGACACACACACACACACACACACACACACACACACGCGCACGCACUCUUGGGGCAUUCCAAGGUAUUGGGAGAUCGGGGGGUCUUAUUCCCCCCCUGACUGAGACAAGCACAUGUCAUAGCAGGAGGUAUGAUUUACCCUAAGCGACGGCUGUACCACGAAAACACGAAACGUUGCCACAAUCCUCCACGCCGUGCCAUUCAAACCGAAGAUGCCCUGUCGUCUGUCAUCUGCACUGCCGCACAAUCAAAGACAAAGCAAACCCCUUCCACCAGCACCACCACCAUCAUCGUGGUCUUCCUCGUGAGAGCAAUAAUGUGCCACCACUCUUCAUCACUGACUUGGAUACAAAAACAAGCUUUGCGGUGAUCCGACAAAGUGAUCCGAUGUUUCCAUGGAACCAGCUCACACACUGCCAACACCCACGCGUUACUUCGUACAAAACACUUGACGAUCUCAGGAGCUUACACUGCCUUCCAGAGUAACAGAGCACAGAUUUCUUCCAGCGUGGAAUCCACGCGUCUCGUACACUGAGGACAUUAGAACGGCAAGGAAAAAGUAAAGGAGGGAGGGAAAAGAGAAGAAAAGGGAAAAAUCCAGAAUGUUUAUUUUUCUUUCGUAUUUACUUGGGUGAUUAUGAUACUUGCAACACCCCAUAUAUUUCUGAGUUCCUGUUAGAAAGUUUCUGUUUUGAAUUCAUUCUGUUAAAGGUCAAGUCCAAGUGAUUUAAUUUUAUGUGUUACAAAAGUAAAACAUCCCAUUGCCGAUCAGCCGUGCAUGGCCGAAGCAGCUUUGAGCGUGUGUAAUCACGGCUCGAUAAGGGUUGAGUAAGUUGUACAUGACGAUCACUGUCUCUGGUUUAAGAUUCCGUCUCUUCCUUUACUCUUAACUCAGCUCAGCAGCCUUAGGUUACGCUCAACUAGGGCAACGGUACCUCCCUCUGUGACUCCGUACGGCUCUGAUCCUCUAACCUUAACUCCUCAGCUCCACCAGAGCCAUCGAGUGUCUCGUUUAAUGAGAUUAAUGUGGCUCGGUGACGCCGC